AUGUUCAAUUCUCCACGACGAUGGGUCUUCGUCGUCUCUCCAUUCCUUACCCUCAUUCUAGUGUACUACAUCCUCCUAGUCCCAAAUACAACCCCAGCCGCCGUGCAGGCGGACACGAAUACCGAGCAAUCGUCACAGGCCGAAUCAAGCACAAUUGUCCUCGAAGGAGGUCAGCCAGUCCCCGAGAUUGAGGAGCAGGGCAAAGGAUCAAAGGCAUUGGACCAGGACGAGAACCCCUGCGGGAAGCUGCGUCAUGAUAUGGAGGAUGUAUUUGUAGUCUUGAAGACUGGUGCCACCGAGGCCCUCCAGAAGGUCCCUGUCCAGCUGCGUACCAGCUUCAAAUGUGUCCCGAACUUUGCCGUCUUCUCCGAUUACGAAGAGACUAUCAAUGGCGUCCGCACCUAUGACGUCCUGAGCAAUGUGACCGCGAAAACAAUUCAAAAUGAGCCUGAAUUCGAGGUUUACGAACACCUUCAAAAGGUCGGCCGGCCAGGCCUGACCGAUGCGGACUUUGGCGAUGACGAAAAUGGACCUUUCGGCAAAAUGAACAACCCUGGGUGGAAGUUGGACAAAUGGAAGUUCCUCCCCAUGAUUGAUGGGGCGCUAGAAGCGAUGCCCGAUGCCAAGUGGUACAUCUUCAUGGAGGCGGAUACCUACAUUGUCUGGCAGAAUCUGGUCAAUUGGCUGGCCCACCUUGACCACACGCGCAGCUACUAUCUUGGUAGUCCGAUGCAGAUUGGCGACGUCUUAUUUGGAUAUGGUGGGGCAGGUAUCAUUCUCUCGCAGAGGGCGAUGCAGCGUCUGCAUAGCUACCGGUCCCAAAAUCUGGAGGAGCUGGAGAUCAUGACUGCCAGUGAAUGGGCUGGAGACUGUGUCCUCGCCCGAGCGCUACAAAACAUUCACAUCCCUCUGACGUGGGCCUGGCCCAUGAUGAUGACCUCCCGCCCGUGGGAGAUUGACCAUUUCUCCGAGGGUUACGGUCGUCAGCCCUGGUGCUACCCGGUCAUCUCGUACCACCAUAUGGACCCUCGAGAUAUUGAGGAGAUGUGGCGGUUCGAGCGUGGCUUCUUCAAGAGUGGCAAGAAUGCUCUUCUGCUUCACGCCGAUGUUUAUCGGACGUUCAUCCACAACGGAUCGCUCGCCGAGCGCGAGGACUGGGAUAAUUUGUCUCCGGCCAAUAUCGACUUUGAUCCCCCCACGAGUCCCUCGGCUGAGGCAUGUGCUGAUGCUUGUUCCCAAAAUUCAGAUUGUCUCCAGUUUUCUUUCAACCACGAGGAGCAGACCUGCAAACACGCGUCCACCACGCUUGCCGGUGUCGCCACCAAUGGCACCUACUCUGGCUGGAUGACCCACCGUGUCCAGAAGCUCCUGAACACCUUCCAAUCAUCAUGUCCCCAGGUCGAAUAUGUCUUUGACUGA